CAGAUAAAUACGAUGACUCGACAGCAGCAACAACAGGCAGAGGAAACGAAACGUCAAGCAGAAGAACUAAAUGCUAUUCAGCAGCGCCUUAGUCGUGUUACUCAAGAACUAGGAGAAUCAAAAAUGUUAUGUAACAAAAAGAAUGAAGAGUUGGCGAAGAUUACAGAGGAUUUGGGAGCUAAGGAAGCAAUGUUGACUGAUGCUAGAAACAAAGAAUUCCAGGGAAAUGGUAUAACGAACGUUGAUUAAAUAAAAAUUUC